AUGAAUAAACAUCAUACAUCAUGUUUUCAUCGUCAUCAUAUUGACAGUGUUCGUUCGUCUGAUUGUUCUCAACAAGUCGAUGAUUCACAUUUGUUAAUUCAUAAUCAGUCAGGUCACGAUUGUCAUCGAAAUAAUCACAAUAGUGGUUUAAUUCAACAUGAUAAAUUGAUUAAGUCAACAAGUACAACUGCUUUUCGAAAACGACGUACAACAAUACCUUCUAAUCAUCAACGAUUACAAUAUUUGUUAUCUUUAAUCUUUCUUAUUGUAAUUCGUUUAUCGAUACUCUUAAUUAUUGGUUUUAUACUUUAUUAUGCUUUUAUUUAUAUUUAUCCAAAACCUAAAAAAAAUGGAUGGGAACGAAUUUGGUAUACAAUGAUUGAUUGGCUUUCUGGAGAAUAA